AUGAGUUUUGCUGAUGUUUUAGAGAGCAUAGAUGACGAUGAGGAAAGAAAAGCACUGCCUAAGUUGGACCGUACUUGGGAAUUUCCAAAUACUGAUGUUAAUGAACAAGAAAAUUUAAAGGUAAUUCGUUGGGCCAAUUCAAUGAUUUAUAAUAUUACUGGAUCAAGUACACAGGAUUUACACAAGAAUAGCGCUGUAUGGAUGGCACUUGGCAAUUCCAAUAGGACUGAAAUUCAUUGUCUCUCUAUAAAAUCUGAUCAGAUUAUAUGCAAUAAGGUGAUUGACAUGAAGGAAAGUGUAACUUCGUUAGCCUGUGCACCUUUCAAUUUAAAUUUUAGAUCGAACAUACAUAUGACAGAGGAUAGCAAUGAUCAGUUCACAAAUGAUAUUGUAAAGAUAGCAAAUUUAAAUCAUGCGAAAAGUGUUAAAGAGCUCCAAGUCGAUUCCAUAAGUAAUCGUACUGAAACCAUUGAGACAUCUAUAACUGACGAUAACAACUCGUUAUCAUCACUCAAUGAGCCUCAUAUCACUGUACAAGCUGACAAAAUUAUUGUCAGUACCAUUGAAGCCGAUUGUAAGCCUAGCAAUAACUUCAUGGAAAUAACAUAUUCAAAUGAUGAUAACGCGAUGAAAGAUGACUUGGAAAGAAAUACAUCCUCAGAGUUGAAUUCAUCGACAGACGAGACACCAAAUGCAGUUAAUGCUAUUGAAGGUAGAGUAGUUUUGCUUCAUUCAAUGAUGAUUACAAAAUUUUUAUUUUGA